AUGAACGCCUCUUUCACCCCUCGCUCUUUCUCCGAGUCGCCGCCGGACAAGAUGAUGGUCGAUCCAUUCGAGGUGCGCAUGCGCUUUACCACGCAGCUGCAGCACCUGAGUGCCUCUGUCACGUCCUCACAGAAAGCCGCCCACUAUGCCCUCAAAUACCGCGACCUGGACGAGGACCUCCAUUCGUGCAUUUUGGAGCAGCUCGAACGUAAUAAUAUGAACAACCGCGCAAACAUCAUGUCCUUCAUCGAGCACUUCUGCGAAAUGGCCACCAAGGAAGACCACCUGCCCUACGUACGGAUGAUACAGCGUGACAUCCUCCGCGUCGUGGACGCCGUCGUGCCACCCGACGGGACGGGCGCCGCGAACGUGAAGCACGUCCGACGAGUGCUACAGAGCCUACAGACGAAAGAAACACUCUCAACGGAGACAGUAGCGGAGAUUGAUGCCGCGCUUAAAGACCGCGAGUCGCAUCCUUCGCACCUAGACCUGGAACACGAAGAGAUCCCAGAAGGCAGCAGUGCGCGAUCGAAGACCGGGACGCCGCGCAGCUCCAAGCCGCCGCAGCGUGUGGACAAGAGACAGAUCGAGCAGCGGAUCGAGGAGGAUCGCGAGCGGAAUAAACGGCUGCGCGAGAGCAUGUGGGCGGUCAAUGGGGAUGAUAUGGAUGAGUAUGAUAAGUUGUGGGAGGAGACGAGCGAUAUCAACGAGGAUGAUUUUAUAAAUGCCCGCGAAGAGGCUAUGGAGCGCGCCCAGGUGGCUGCUGCGAUGCGGGAAUCUGUGGUCUGA